AUUGGUUGUUGUGUUCUGUUUUCUACAGCAUACUUCAAUGAUGCUCAGAGACAGGCUACCAAGGAUGCUGGUGUGAUUGCUGGAUUAAAUGUAGCAAGAAUCAUCAACGAGCCUACCGCAGCAGCUAUCGCUUAUGGUUUGGACAAAAAGACUGGAGAGAAGAACAUCCUUGUUUUUGAUCUUGGUGGUGGUACAUUCGAUGUCAGUAUCUUGACUAUUGAUAAUGGAGUUUUUGAGGUUCUUUCCACAAACGGAGACACUCAUUUGGGAGGUGAGGACUUUGACCACAGAGUUAUGGAUUACUUCAUUAAAUUGAUCAAGAAGAAGCAUGGUAAGGACAUCAGCAAGGACAACAGGGCUCUUGGAAAGCUUAGGAGGGAAUGUGAACGUGCUAAGAGAGCUUUGAGUAACCAACAUCAAGUCCGUGUUGAGAUUGAGUCUCUAUACGACGGUUUGGAUUUCUCUGAACCACUUACCCGUGCUCGUUUCGAAGAAUUGAACAAUGAUUUAUUCAAGAAGACCAUGGGACCAGUGAAGAAGGCUAUGGCUGAUGCUGGACUAGAGAAGAAACAGAUUGAUGAGAUUGUACUUGUUGGUGGAAGUACCAGGAUUCCCAAGGUUCAAGAGCUCCUUAAGGAAUACUUUGACGGCAAAGAGCCCAGCAAAGGUGUCAACCCAGAUGAGGCUGUUGCUUAUGGUGCUGCUGUACAAGGAGGUAUCUUGAGUGGAGAGGGUGGUGAUGAAACCAAAGAUAUUCUUCUGUUGGAUGUUGCCCCACUUACACUCGGUAUUGAAACUGUUGGAGGUGUGAUGACCAAGUUGAUCCCAAGAAACACAGUUAUCCCAACCAAGAAGUCUCAAGUUUUUACCACUUACCAGGAUCAGCAGACCACUGUCUCUAUUCAGGUUUUCGAAGGUGAAAGGAGUCUUACAAAAGACUGCAGGGAGCUUGGAAAGUUUGAUCUUUCUGGACUUGCUCCAGCUCCAAGGGGAACCCCUCAGAUUGAAGUCACUUUUGAAGUUGACGCCAACGGUAUUUUGAACGUGAAGGCUGAGGACAAGGCAAGUGGAAAGGCAGAGAAGAUCACUAUCACCAAUGAGAAGGGUCGUUUGAGCCAAGAGGAGAUUGACCGUAUGGUUAAAGAGGCAGAGGAUUUCGCCGAGGAAGACAAGAAGGUCAAGGAAAAGAUUGAUGCCAGAAACAGCAUGGAGAGUUACGUCUACAACAUGAAGACCCAGAUCAAUGACAAGGACAAGCUUGCAGACAAGCUAGAGUCUGAUGAGAAAGAGAAGAUUGAGGCAGCAGUAAAGGAGGCCCUUGAAUGGCUUGAUGAGAACCAGUCUGCCGAGAAGGAAGACUAUGAUGAGAAACUCAAGGAAGUCGAAGCCGUUUGCAACCCAAUCAUCACCGCUGUCUACCAAAGAUCUGGUGGAGCUCCUGGUGCUGGAUCAACCGAUGAUGCAGAAGACAACGAAGACCAUGAUGAGCUUUAGAGAAUUUCUCUUCCUCUCUUCUCUUUUGUUUUGUUGAUUGAAAAAUGACAAGCCAUCUAGUAUAAGAAUUGCUAUAGGUGAAGAAGAUGACUAGGGAUAGAGAAUCAAAUUCCUUGUUAACACCAGGAAGGAAGAUUCGAGAAUCAAUUUUUUUGACUUGUGUAAUGUUUUUUCUCUGCUACUGUUACAUAAAGUAAACACUUAUGAAGUUCAUUUUUGUUAGUUUUACUACCA